UUUCUUUUCCCUUCUCGUGCGGCCGUGUCACCGCGUGGUUCACUGUCGCGUUUCUAAAAGAAACAUACAAGAUGGCUAUAAGACCUGUUUACAGGCCGACAAUCGUCAAAAAGAGGACGAAGAGAUUUAUCAGGCAUCAAUCGGAUCGCUAUGACAAACUUAAGAGGAAUUGGCGUAAACCUAGAGGUAUUGACAACAGAGUCCGCAGGCGGUUCAAGGGUCAAUACUUGAUGCCCAACAUUGGUUACGGUUCCAACAAGAAGACCCGUCAUAUGCUCCCAAAUGGAUUCCGUAAGGUCCUAGUUCACAAUGUUAAAGAGCUGGAAAUCUUGAUGAUGCAAAACAGGAAGUACUGCGCAGAGAUCGCUCAUGGUGUCUCUUCGAAGAAGCGGAAGCUGAUCGUGGAAAGAGCCCAGCAGCUCAGCAUCAGAGUGACGAAUGCGGCCGCUCGCCUCCGCUCCCAGGAGAAUGAAUAAAUAUAAUUGUAUUAUAAGUUC